AUGGCAUUUUCCAAAUUAAAGAUAGCUGCUACGGCUGUGGAUGAAACCAAUACAAACUCUAACAGCAAUUCGAUGAUGAGUGCUUUGGGCAAGAAUUCUUCUGAGACGUCGAAUUCCAACGAUGCUUGUGAAGAGUCCUCUGACGAUGGUCUCAGUAUCUCCAAAUUGAUUUUACUCAGCAAACUCAAAACUAGCAGAUCCAAGACCACUGUCAGCUGUUUGCCAGAAAACGAUGAGCUCAAAACCGUGAGCUUGAUGGUGCUGUACGAUUACAUUAUAGUUAGAGGAGACGAAACAGCGGACGAUCCAAUGCGCGUGUUAACAUGCAAAGAUGCACAAGAUAUUUAUAGGACCUCGAAGCUUCAAGGAGAUGAGUGGCCGGAAAUCAGGUGGAAACUUGACCAGCUUUUAGAGACAAUUUAA